AUGGCGAAAAGAAAAAGUUCAGAGCCCACAGAAGGCGCAAAGGCUGGAGGAGAAGCAAAGGCAGAUGCCAUACUCAGCAAGAUUUCGGGUGAAUUUCUUGAGUGUACAAUCUGCCUGGAGCCCUUUAAAGAUCCCAAGGUCCUGCCGUGUCUCCACACCUUCUGUGAGGGCUGUCUGAAGAAGUUCAUUGCACAAGAUAAAGUGAAGAACAAGUUUUCGUGUCCAACAUGUCGGACGGAAACUGUACUUCCCAAGGGUGGAGUUGCGAGUUUCAAGAACAACUUCUUUGUUCAGAGCUUGAGUGACACAGUUCAGACUCACAAGAGUUUGGUAAGCAAGGAGGAUGACAAAGUGCAGUGUGAUGUCUGUGAAGAAGAUGGGGCUAGCCAGGGCUGUUUUGUCUGUGAAGAGUUCUUGUGUGAUGAGUGUGCUUGUGCCCAUCGCCGUGCCAAACGUACGCGCGGUCACGAAGUCAUCGGGGUGGCAGAAUUGAAAGAGCAGCUAAUCACCAAGACUGGAUCCCUCAAGUCGAAAUCCCUGCCGAUUUGUACGAAACAUGAAGACGAAAAGUUGAAGUUCUACUGUGAGACGUGCAAGCACCCCAUCUGUCGAGAUUGCACGGUACUGCAGCACAAGAACCACACGUAUGGCUACCUGGCAGAUGCUGUGGUGGAUGCCAAGGCAAAGAUUAAAAAUAAACUGAAAGCUGCCAGGCAGAAAAUCACAAAAUAUGGAGGAAAGGAAUGCGCUGUAGCAAAGAAGCAAGCUGAACUGGACACGAGGAGUAAGAAAGCUUCAGAAGACAUUGAUGCAGCUGCAGAAGAAAAGAUCAGACGUUACAGCGACCUUGUGAGACGCAAGCAGACUGAACUGAAAGAAAAGCUAGCCUCCAUCACAGCAGACCGUUCCAAGCAGCUCUCUGCUACAGCAGACAGUGUUAAGAGCACUGUAGGCAGUCUGUCCAGCACAGUGGACUUUUCACAGAAGGUUGUGGAACAUGGGAGUGACUUUGAUGUCAUGAACGUGUACUCUGACAUCACAGGAAGGCUGGAGUCUCUGCUAAAUGGUCCACUCCCAAACAUUCCCGAUGAUAUCAGUUAUGUCUUGUUUGAUCCUAAGCAAGGAAAGGAGCAGAAAAGAGCCAUCAUUGGCAACAUUGUCGAUAGAAAAAUGCCCAAGGCAGAGUUGGAAGAAGAAGAAGAGUCACGAGAAGAGGCAACCUUUCGUUUCACAGUUGAGAACUUCAGCAAGGUCACUGAAGCCUGUAGUCCUGCAACGUUCAUCCGCAAUCUGCCGUGGAAAAUAGAGGCAGUGCCUAAAGAAGACCCCGACAGCCAGCCACCAAACAAUAAAUCUCUUGGCGUUUACUUGAAUUGUGAUGUAAAGUCUUGUAGCUUGUGGUCUUGCUGUGCUACAGUUGAACUGAGGUUGAUACCACAGAAGAUAGGGGUAAAGACAGUGCGAAAGAAGUUUGAACAUGUCUUCUACAGUGAUGAGAGAAACUGGGGAUUCCAAGAAUUCAUGCCCUGGCACGAGGUGUGUGAUCCACAGAAGGGAUACAUUAAGGAUGACAAGAUCAUACUGGAGGCUUAUGUGAAGGCAGAUGCACCUUGCGGUGAGAAGGAAUUAGCCUCUGACGUCGAUGAAGACAUACUGGAGGAAGAAAAAAAGGAGGAAGAGUCACAAGCCAAUGCAAGCUUUCGUUUUACAGUUGAUAACGUAAGCAAGCUCUCUGAAGUCCAGCUCAGUCCUGCAACGUUUAUCCGCAACCUGCCUUGGAAAAUAGAGGCUGUCUCUGAAGAAGAUCCCAACAGCCAGCCACCAAACAAUAAAACUCUUGCCGUUUUCUUGAAGUGUGAUGUUAACUCAGAUAACUUGUGGUCCUGCCGUGCUUCGGUUGAACUGCGGUUGAUACCACAGAAGAAAGGGAUAAAGACAGUCCAAAAAGAGUUUGAACAUGUCUUCUACAGUGAUGAGGACAACUGGGGGUUCCAAGACUUCAUGCCUUGGCACGAGGUGUGUGAUCCAAAGAAGGGAUACAUCAAGGAUGACAAGAUCAUAUUGGAGGCCUUCGUUAAGGCAGAAGCCCACCGCGGCUUGAAGAAACUCAUCAUUGGCAAAUUUUUCAGCAAAGAAAUACCAGAGAAGGAGGUAGAGGAAGAAGAUGAGUCGCGAGCGGAUGCGACCAUUCGUUUCACUGUGGAAAACUUCAGCAAGAUGGAGAAUGAUCAGCAUAGCCCUGUAGAAUUCAUCCGGAAUCUGCCCUGGAAAAUAAAAGCUGUGCCUGACCACUGUUCUGACAGCCAACUGGCUAACAAGAAGAGCCUGGCAGUUUAUCUACAGUGUGAUGGCAACACCAACAGCUUCUGGUCUUGCCGUGUGUCAGUCAAGUUUCGUUUGAUACCACAGAAAGGUAUAAAGACUCAUACUAUGGAGACAGAACAUGUCUUCUACAAGAAUGGUGGUAACUGGGGGUUCCCGAAAUUCAUUCCUUGGGAUGAUGUGUGUGACCCACAGAAGGGAUACAUCAAGGAUGACAAGAUCAUACUGGAGGCUCACGUGAAGGCAGAUGCUCCUCAUAUCUUUGACUAAAACUUAACAAAUUGGCCUUAAGAUGUUGAAUCGGUAAGAUGAAAGACUACAGCAGUCUGCAUAUAACAUGCAGCAGAGAUGUGAACGAGAAAUUAGAGAUGAGCAAACAGCAGUUUUUGCCAUACAGUCGAGUCGUGCCAACAGUCGUGCCAAGACUGUCACAUAUAGUAUAUCCUAGCAGUAAGCCAACUGAAUAAUAUCCGGGAAUAUGUGCCAUAUUAGGAAUUUGAGAAGACAUUGAUAUGCACAGAACAUUUGACAUUAUCAACAGAGAUCAGUGACAGUGUAAGAUAGCACAAGCUGUCACACAAAACUGACUCAUUUCACCAACCCCCAAGAUCAAGUGUAACAGGGUGUUUGAUAGUGACUUGUGCACUUUUCUGCUUUGACUAGAAAAUCGCAACAAUCAAAGAUGAAGCAAGCCUUCCAUCAUGCCCGUAUGCAGCAGGGGGGUGUCUUUAGACAAACGCUCAGACGUACUUACAGAUUGUAGAGAAAUAGGACACAUGUAUUCAAAUCAUGGUGGAUUGCAGCUUAAAGUGCCAGAAUGCUGUUCAGUUCGAUAUGAGAAAUAUGAUAAUUUUGCCGAGAACAGUAACAUUUUUAUACAUGUAGAUCAUAAUAGAUAUACAGCGAAUGUACUGAUGUAUGCUACAUGAUAUGAGAGAAUUUAUCAUUGAUUCACAAAGUUUGUUGGUUUCAAAUGAGAAACUAGAAAACAAACAUAUUCAAAUAGGGAAAAAAACAAAUUGUCAAGCAAGGGAAACUGACCAUAAACUGAGUAAGUGUGACUUGAUGUUUUUGAACUGGUCUUGUGAAAGGUAAGCCAAAGACUAUGGUGAAUCAUUUAACACUGGGCCUGAUCUGACUGUUACAUUCCAAACUUUAACACAAUUGUUGUUGUCCUUUCAGUACCUUUUCUCAAGUCAGAAUUGCAAUGCGGCUUUUCCACUUUUAUUAUGCCGGUGCAGAUCUUGGGAGGGAAAAACCCUGAUUAUUUUCUUUUUGCUUAUGUUUCAAACAUAUAACACAACCAAGGAAAGAAAGCUGAACCCAAAACAUGAUUUUCUUGCACACUCCCAGAAUCUGCUUGGAAAUAUAUAUACUAUUGAUUACACUCACAGCAAGUUAUUGUGUGGCUUUCAGAAUUUUCAUAUUGAAAGCUAGCAUUAUCUUGUUUUUUGCCGUUAUAUUUCGUGCUAAUUUGUAUUAAUAUUAACACUAGCCACUCUAGUUAUAUGUUUUACUAUCAAUGUUUCUAAACAUUGCAUCUAUCUCGAACAUGAACUGUUAUUUGUUAGUUUUUCUAUCAAUAACUAAACAUUGCACAAGUGUUAAGAUUUAACUUUUUAUUUUCAAUGAUACUUCACUAACAAUUUACAAGUACUUACUAUUGCAUUGAUGCACUAAACUUAACAUUUCAUUUAGGUCAAGAUUUAAUUUUUCUUUCUUAUUACCAGUUUUCAUUAUCAGUGUUCAUAAAAAGAUUUGUAGUAGUUUAAAGUAUUUAUGUUAGUAUUAUACUAUCUAGAAUAUAGUUGACAAAAUGUAAUUCAUUUCCUUUUGUGAAGUCGGUUAUGUUUUGUAACUUAUUACACAUUGGAAUAUCAUUCUCUAGUACUGGA